AUGGUUGGAAUUAAAAAUUCUUCCAGGCGAACUACCUCCCCAUCGUCCCCCAUCACCUCGACCGGAAGCUCCACUAUGCAGCCACCGCGUACGGAACAAAGGAACAACAAUACAAGGAACACUCUGGCGGAGUUAAUAGAAAAAAAUGCAGUGAUUAUUGUAGCCAGGUUCCAGUGCUACAUGUGCUUUAUGUUGCAAACAUUAAUGGAAAGUUUGGGCGCCGCUAAUUACACCGUGAUACAAGGGGAGGAGGUGGAGGAAGCUCACAUGUUGGAGGAGCUCUCAAACCUUGAGGAGGGCAGCAGCAGUAAUAGCAAUGGUGGAGGACCACGGAGUUUGCCUGCGGUAUACAUAGGAGGGAAGUUUGUGGGAGGCGUUGAUGAAGUUUUAAUGGCUCAUGCUAAGUGUGAAUUAGUUCCUAUGCUUAAGGCAGCUGGAGCCAUAUGA